AUGUCUUCUUCGCGUUCUAGGCGUGUGGAGUACGACCGCUUCAUCCCGUUCCGGUCGGCGAUGGACAUGGACUACGCACGCUUUGCCCUAACGGGGCCUUCGAGACCGCAGCGUGAUGGUUCGAGGGAAUCCCCAUCGAGCGUGGCGUACCAAAAGCUUCUUGACGAGUGCAUUUUGAAGAACAGGUCUCGUAUCCUCGCUUUCAAGACUGCACCUGAAGCGUCGGCCAGCAAGCUGCCCGAGUUUGACGAGCCCAUUCGGCCGCAGAAGAAGCAGCAGAGGCGAAUCCCUAAAGAACCAGAGAGGGUUUUGGUAAUCCACGGCUUGUUGGAUGAUAAUGUUUUGAAUCUCCUCGACUGGGGAAGCAAUAAUGUGUUGGCGAUUGGCCUUGAGGACGCAGUGUAUCUCUGGGACGCUGCAGAAGAGUCGACUAAGCUUCUACAACCCGUAGAAGACAGAGGACCUAUCACUUGCAUCCGCUGGUCGCCAGACUGUGCAGUUCUUGCUGUCGCAUUUGGCAAUUCAGAUUUAUCCCUGAUUGAUCCAGCAACAGGACAUGUCGUGGAUGGGAUGGAAGAUGAGAACCAGGCCCCUGUGUUGUCACUUGCGUGGAGAAGUAAUUCAAUCUUGACAGUCGGAAGAUUUGAUGGCACUGUUGUUGAUUAUGACUUUAGAAAGGAUGACAUGUUCAUCUGUUUCUAUAAUGGGCAUCGGCGUGGAGUUUGUAGUCUUAAAUGGUCCGUGUUGUCAGGGCGGUAUUUGGCGAGUGGAGGGCAGGACAAACUAGUGCACAUAUGGGAUGCCUGCAUGCCUGUCUCACGUGACCAUCCACGUCAACGUCAAUGGCUUCACAGGAUCAGCAGCCACACUUCCAUUGUGAAGGCCGUUGACUGGUGCCCAACUCGGAGCAACCUGCUGGCUUCUGGUGGAGGUUGCAAUGAUCAUUGCGCUAAUGCGGUGGAGAUUGAUGAUCCUCAGAAAGCUCCAGAGCUUGAUCGAGACAAACAAGAAGCUGCAGUGAAGCUCAUGGCCAACGGUGCGUGCACCCUUUGCAACAUGGGGAAGGUGCAUAUACAACCUUCUUUUUCUCUUGAUUAA